CCCGCCCCCGAGGGCGGAGCUUCAGGGGACUUUAAGGGGCGGGCCGGCGGGCAGCGGGGUCUCCCGGGGAUCUGGGUCUUGUGGGCUCGCGCCGCGGGCCGCCAUUGCUUGGCAUCUCCCGAGGGGCCGCCCCCACCUCAGCCUCGCUCGGUCGCCGCUGCGCCGUCCUCCCCCCAGUGACAAAAAUGCUGAGAUUCUUCCGUAGAACGCUUGGGCGUCGGUCAAUGCGCAAACAUGCUGAGAAGGAACGACUCCGUGAAGCUCAACGAGCUGCCACACACAUUCCUGCAGCUGGAGAUUCUAAGUCCAUCAUCACGUGUCGGGUGUCCCUUCUGGAUGGUACUGAUGUUAGUGUGGACUUGCCGAAAAAAGCCAAAGGUCAAGAGCUGUUUGAUCAGAUUACAUACCACUUGGAUCUUAUUGAAAGCGACUAUUUCGGACUGAGAUUUAUGGAUUCAGCACAAGUAGCACAUUGGUUGGAUGUUACAAAGAGUAUCAAAAAGCAAGUUAAAAUUGGUUCACCCUAUUGUCUGCAUUUUCGAGUUAAGUUUUAUUCCUCGGAACCAAAUAAUCUUCGUGAAGAGCUAACCCGGUAUUUAUUUGUUCUUCAAUUAAGACAAGAUAUUCUCAGUGGAAAAUUGGAGUGUCCAUUUGAUACAGCAGUUCAGUUGGCAGCUUAUAAUCUGCAAGCUGAACUUGGUGACUGUGAUCUUGCUGAGCAUAGUCCUGAACUUGUAACUGAGUUCAGGUUCAUGCCCAUUCAGACUGAAGAGAUGGAGUUGGCUAUUUUUGAGAAAUGGAAGGAAUACAGAGGUCAGACACCAGCACAAGCUGAAACCAAUUAUCUGAAUAAAGCCAAAUGGCUAGAAAUGUAUGGGGUUGAUAUGCAUGUGGUCAAGGCUCGAGACGGGAAUGACUAUAGUUUGGGACUAACCCCCACAGGAGUUCUUGUUUUUGAAGGAGAGACCAAAAUUGGCUUAUUUUUUUGGCCCAAGAUAACUAGAUUGGAUUUUAAGAAGACUAAAUUAACCCUGGUGGUGGUAGAAGAUGAUGAUCAGGGCAAAGAGCAGGAACACACAUUUGUCUUUAGACUGGACCAUCCAAAGGCGUGCAAGCAUUUAUGGAAAUGUGCUGUGGAGCACCAUGCCUUCUUCCGCCUCCGAGGCCCUGUGCAAAAGGGUUCUCAGCGAUCAGGAUUUAUCCGACUAGGAUCACGAUUUAGAUAUAGUGGGAAAACUGAGUAUCAGACCACGAAAACCAAUAAAGCAAGAAGAUCAACAUCCUUUGAAAGAAGGCCCAGCAAACGAUAUUCUCGACGAACUCUACAGAUGCAAGCAGGUACGGCAAAACCUGAAGAACUCAGUGUUCACAGUAAUGUUUCAACUCAAAAUAAUGGCUCUCAACAGGCGUGGGGUAUGAGAUCUACUCUGCUGGGGACUUCUUCCAUUCCCUCUGGUCCUGCGCUGGUGGAGAUAGAAAACCUUCCAAGGAGUCCUGGAACAGACCAGCAUGACAGGAAAUGCUUGCCUCCGAAUAUUGAUUUGCUAGAUAGUCCAGCCUUAUUGGAAACAACUAUUGAUGAUGUAAUUGGGGCACCUGACACUGUGGAAACAUUGCAAUCACCCGAUGAAAUUAACUUAGCCCCCAGGCAAACCGGAUUAGAGGAACCUGAAGUUGAAGGCAGGACAUUAAAAGAUGCGCCAGAGAAGCUGAAACACCUUGAGAUAGAAAACGGUUCAUUGCUCUCCCCUCGUUCCAACAUUGAUGUUAACAUCAACAACCAGGAGGAAGUGGUGAAGCUGACUGAGAAAUGCCUUAAUAAUGCCAUUGAGAGCCCAGGAUUGAAUGCUAGGCGAGUUCCUCCUGACUUGAAGAGUAACAUUUUGAAGGCUCAAGUAGAAGCAGUGCAAAAGGUUACAAGAGAAGAUAGCCUAUUGAGUCAUAAAAACGCCAGUGUUCAGGAUGCUGCCACAAACAGGGCUGUAGUAAGUGAGAAUAAUGUGCCCCUCCCUGAAGAUUCCCUUGCUCCAGUGCACACCACACCUGCAGGAAAUGGUUCUGCUCUAAAGGAUGCUACGGAUGAAUUUGAUGCCUUGCUUUUAUCUCUAACUGAGAAUCUGAUUGACAGCACAGUCACACCUCAGGUAUCUUCAACAUCCAUGAUCACACCCCGGUGGAUUGUGCCACAGAGCAGUGUCCUUUCUAAUGGACUCGCAGGAAAUGGACCAUCCUUGGUGGGGAAGGAGGGACAUGGUAGUGGAGACAUGAUCUCGCUGAUCUCUCCCCCAGCACCAUUCUUGGUGGAUGCUGUGACCAGCUCUGCUCCAACUGUGAGCGGAGAACCCAUCUUGAAGCAGAAGUGUUUACUGACAACGGAGCUCUAAGGGAUUGCCUCCUCCUCGCUUGUACCUGGAAUGCCCAGCACCCUCCCAUAGUCCGUCCUGGAAUCAGUUCUGCUGAAUGUGUUGGAUUCAGGGGUUUGCCCUGUACUUGUUGGUAAAAAAAAGUUUGCCUAGAUUUGACUUCAGUUCCAUGAAAAACAACUACGUGUUUUGUCUGACUGGAAGAGUUUAAUUACACUGCGUAUUUCCUCAGAUGAGGAUACCUGGUCUUUUACUUUCUUUAGUUUUCGAAGUUUUAAAUUCCUAAAACAAGUGUAAGGCAUUUUCUAUGGUUUGCUUCAAGCUCUUGGCCCCACCUAGUGGUUGUAAUUGUUCAUAAUGCUUCCUAACGAGGCAGUCUCUGGUGGUCAGUGUCAUUUCUCUCUCUAGUGUCAGGAUGAGUGUCCCUAACCUGUUAGAGAACUUGCACUUUUCUCUGCAUUACCUGGAAGUCAGGGGUUUAGGAACGUAAUGAGGAUAUUAUGUAGGUAGGUGCAGUGCUAGCUUUCUUUCUCUUUUUAACGAUUAUUACAAUGCUAAAGAGCAGUUUAGAAUACAGAGGGUUUUCAAAUGUUGCCCAUAUUUUUGAAUUCUUACUGGACUGGCUAUCUUAGUUACAUCAAGGUAAGACAAACCUUGAGGAGAACUACAGAGAAAUCAAUAGCCCUUUAUUUUCAGCUGGCCUUCCCACGGGAAGCAGUCAUGCACCACAGGUUUCCUGUAAGUGUUCAGCCGGGAAAGGGGAGGGGUGGGUGAAAGUCACCCUGGGCGUGUCCUCCUUCCUCACUCCUCUUCCUGGGCCCACAGACUCGGUGAGGAGGGAGCACAGACGCUCUGGGCUGGCCCUGCUCCACGCAGGUACCUACUGAGCUUAAGGGAUUGCGUAUGUAAUUAAGUGCUCAUGUGUGCUGCUCAGCAUAAAGGAGCAUCCAGUUUAGAUCUUAAACUCCUGGUGUAGGCUGCCCUGAGCCAUGCGUGUGCUCAGGGGAACACACCAGCGUCUGAAAGCUCAGGAACUCCGUGUGUGCUGUUUCCCACCGAGCCGAGCCGUAGAGAUUGGAAACCACUUUUGAACAAAGCAGUUCUGCUGAAGAAAAGAAAGUUCCCCUCCUGCCGCCGGCCUCCCCUUAGCCCUCCGCUAAGCUUGUGAAUCUCAUUGUGGAGCUCUUGCCAAUUCUUAAUUGUAAGACAAACUGCAGGCCCCCAGGGCAGGGGCUUGCCCAGGACACGUCGGCCUGGCCCUCAGCGCUUCAGGUCCGACAACCCUGGAUGCGCUCACUGCGAGCUUGGAAGGCCCACAGUUCCGUCCAGUUUGUACAGUAGCACCAUCCUCACUUAUAACUUUCUAGAAUUUAGGGAUUAUGUUGAUGUUGUUGAAAAUAUUCUGUAGCCUUUGUGUUGUCAGGCACCUGUAUUCUUGCCAGUCUGAAUAGUGAUAGGGACUUUCUUAAAAUUCAUGUGAAUCUCAAACUAAAGGACAUUUCGUCUCCUGUCCUGACAUGAGGUGUUAACAUGGAAAUGAGUGCUUUUUUUUAAAUCCUCACUCAAGGAUAUUCUUUUCCAUUGAUUUUUAGAGAGAGUGGAAGGAAGAGGGAGAGACAGAGAAACACCAUGUGAGAGAGACACAUUGAUUCGCUGCCUCUGGCAUACCUCGGAUUAGGGCCAAGAAUCAAACCCCGGGACUCCUCAGUCCACAGGCUGAUCCUCUGUCCACUGAGCCAAACCAGCUAGGGCUGGAAAUGAGUGCUUUAAUGAGGGGUUAGCCCUGACCAGUUAGGCACCUGCCAGCUACACCUCUCCUGUCCUAGCUGCUGCGGGUGCCUUCCAGAACCCUGUUAACACUCAUCUUGUUCUGCUCGUCUGGGGAUGGAGGAGGAGGGCAGGCUGCGGGUAUCUGUGACGUGUCAGAGAGGGAGUGGGAGGUCAGUCUCUGAGGAGAGAAGCUGUGUGAGGGAGUAGAGGAUGCUAGCAGAGAGAUCUGCGAUGGCACUGGGUAAGAAGGCGCUGGUUCCUGGGGUGGUAACAGGGGCAGCUGUGGUGGCUCUACAGGCUGGUGACCUCCGGGGCACAGCCCUCAUUCCAAAGGUUAAAAUCCACAUCCAAGUCAUCUGAUGAACUGAAUCAAGGCCGGAUCCUCAGAUGAGGGGAAGUGGCCCUGCUCACUGUUGAGAAUGACUGAGCCGGGCAGGGAGUCUCUGAAUGGAGAUGAGGUUCCAUGCCAGCACAGCGCAGCUGGAAAGCAGCAGGCGCUCGAAUGCACUGGGAGCAGUGAGAACGCCUCUGAACAGCGGAGAGCUCGUUUCCGUGAGCCUCCAGCUACAGAGCUGUCCGCUUCCUCCUCUGGAGGGGCUUGGGUGGAUGUUUAGCUGAGAUGACAGACCCAGAUGCAAAAGGCAACAGAAGGCUCUUUAGCCCAGGCUCAGUUGCGCUGUGGUCACUUUCUUUCCGGUUUCCAGGCCAGGGUGGCUCUGCUGGCUCCCUGGGGGUAGGAGGAUAGAGCUUGUGCCUGAGCGAGGUCAGGCGGGUGUGAGACGUGAGGGAGCUGUUGUCCCCUUGCCGUGGCCUCAUUGGCCUGUGAGUGUUGCUGUCACUGCUUCCUAACGCUUUGCUGUGUACUGCCCUGGGGACACUUCCCUCGGUCCCUGCAGUGGCCUAUGUGCUGCUGGCCGUGGGGGAGCAGGAAGGGCAAGAGCCUCAAAUCAGCGGAUGCCAGCCCUGGUGGGAGGGCGAGUGCGGGGUGGAGGAGGGUGUAGGUUUCGGAGUUCUGCCCCAGCCCCUUCUGCGGAGCCUGGAAGGGAGGGUCCCCUCUCCUCCUGCUACUCAGUAGUGUCCCCUGUGUCCAGGGACGGCUGGUGGUCCUUUCUUUCCUGCCCUUCUGGGGUCACUGCUGUAUAGAGAAAGGUUGGUCUCCUUAGAUCCUGAUAAAUUUUGGCCGUCCCUAGCAGCUUUCCCGAGACUUUAUGUUGCUUUAAGAAAAAUUGUGUUUAGAAAUACUUUUGCAGUCGGCUAACUGUUGGUCUUCUUUUGCACGAUCAUGAUGUUCUGUGGGCAAUUCAGGAGGACAGCUGGGUCGGAGCUUCUUCUAGCUGCUCGGUUCCGACUAGCACCCUCCUCUGCCUUCUCGCCUAGAUGAGCCCUGUCGGAGCAGAGCGCCCGCAGGCUUCGGGGCGCUGAGGCGGCGAGGGUCUGGGGAAGCCAGCUCCUGUCUCCUCGCCCAGAGAGGCUCGGCAGGCCUCCUGUAGAAGCAGCGGUAGCUAGUUCUUCCUGCGAGGCCAUGGGAAGUGCCCGGGCAUGUGUGUUCCGGGACAGUUCACUUACAAGCACAGGUGCGAGUCCUGAUUCAAGCUUUGUGGUUGGUAGACUGGCUCCGUGGGAGGCGGGCAGGUAUGCACAAGCCUGCAUCACCUGUCAUGGGGGCACCGGGCAUUCCAGACGUGGGCCUCGUCACUCCCACGCAGACAGGAUGUAGUCAUGGGCCUCCUGCUCUGGGAGCCUUUGGAGCAGCCGCCAGUUUCCCGUUAAUCUUGCCCUCAGCCUCUAGCUGCUUAGAGAGCAGGAAUCUCCUGUGGACUAAGGAAUGUACAUUUCUAUUUUAUUUGUUCUUUUCUCCUCAAAAAUGUAAACACACUGAUCAGAAGAAAGUUGGAAGCUUUCCCUGCUCUCAGCCAGGAAAUGCAAAUGUGUGAGGACUGGAAAGGCGCCGCCUCUGCGUGUGCGUGGGGUGGUGCGUGUGGGAGAAGGGGUGGCGCCUCACCCCGAGGCUGAGCGGAAGCAUCACUCCCGGGACCUGCAGGGAGGGGCCUGAUCGCCCUCCUGGGGGGACAGAAGCUGUCGCCUCACUAACCGCUCUUUACUUCUCAUGUGUGAAGCUUUGCGGUCGCUUUGCGAGUGGACUUUGUUUUCUGUCGGGUGCACUGUUCAUUCACGCGUCCGCGGUUUUGUAUGUGAGAAACUGCGCUGAACUCGUGUGUGUGCUGAGAUGACAGCUGUAGAUGUGACCACAAAUAAAGCUUUCGAGAAACA